CUUCUGCUGUCAAGUAGCAGGGGUGGGCUCUGCCGAGGCGAGGAGGGGCGCCGGGUGGGGAGAUGCGCUCCCAGGUGUUUGCGGCGGAAGUGGGAAACCUGUAGGUUAUGGUCCAGCUGUGCCGCGCCGAGACGAGCAGGAGCAGGGAACAGAUAUCUGCUUUGGAUGGUUUCUGAAGUUAAAUUCAGAAGUCUUAAGGAGAGAGGCGUGCUGUGGUGUAACUGCCGCUGCAUUCAUUCAAAUGGACAGUUUGCAAUAAAUACUAUACACAGAACGACAGAUAAUUCAACAUAGGAGGUGUUUAAUAUUAUCCAACUGCCAUAAAGCUAAAACUGUUUUUGAAAAUUGAACCUAACCUCUACUGAACACAAGAUGAAAAUGUGGUUGCUGGUCAGUCACAUUGUGAUAAUAUCUUUUACAACCUGUUUAUCUGAGUUUACAUGGCACAGAAGGUAUGGUCAUGGAGUUUCUGAGGAAGACAAAGGAUUUGGACCAAUUUUUGAAGAACAACCAAUCAAUACCAUUUAUCCGGAGGAAUCACCAGAAGGAAAAGUUUCGCUAAACUGUAGGGCUCGAGCCAGCCCUUUCCCAGUUUACAAGUGGAGAAUGAAUAACGGGGAUAUUGAUCUGACAAGUGACCGGUACAGCAUGGUAGGAGGAAACCUUGUUAUUAACAAUCCUGACAAACAAAAAGAUGCUGGAAUAUAUUACUGUUUAGCAUCAAAUAACUACGGGAUGGUCAGAAGCACUGAAGCAACCCUCAGCUUUGGAUAUCUUGAUCCUUUCCCACCAGAGGAACGUCCUGAGGUCAGAGUGAAAGAAGGGAAAGGAAUGGUGCUGCUCUGUGACCCUCCAUACCACUUCCCAGAUGAUCUUAGCUACCGCUGGCUUCUAAAUGAAUUUCCUGUAUUUAUCACAAUGGAUAAACGAAGAUUUGUGUCUCAGACAAAUGGUAAUCUCUACAUUGCGAAUGUUGAGGCAUCAGACAAAGGCAAUUAUUCCUGCUUUGUAUCCAGUCCUUCUAUUACCAAGAGUGUGUUCAGCAAAUUUAUCCCACUCAUUCCACUACCUGAACGAACAACAAAACCAUAUCCUGCUGAUAUUGUAGUUCAAUUCAAGGACAUAUAUGCAUUGAUGGGCCAAAAUGUUACUUUAGAGUGUUUUGCACUUGGCAAUCCUGUUCCUGAUAUCCGGUGGCGGAAGGUCCUGGAACCAAUGCCAAGCACGGCUGAGAUCAGCACCUCUGGAGCUGUCCUCAAGAUCUUCAAUAUUCAGCUAGAAGAUGAGGGCACAUAUGAAUGCGAGGCUGAGAACAUUAGAGGAAAGGAUAAACACCAGGCAAGAAUUUAUGUUCAAGCAUUUCCUGAGUGGGUAGAACACAUCAAUGACACAGAGGUGGAUAUAGGCAGUGAUCUCUACUGGCCUUGUGUGGCCACAGGGAAGCCCAUCCCUACAAUCCGAUGGCUGAAGAAUGGAUAUUCGUAUCAUAGAGGGGAACUGAGACUGUAUGACGUGACUUUUGAAAAUGCUGGCAUGUACCAGUGCAUAGCUGAAAACACACACGGAGCUAUUUAUGCAAAUGCGGAAUUGAAGAUCUUGGCUUUGGCUCCAACUUUUGAAAUGAAUCCUAUGAAGAAAAAGAUCCUGGCUGCUAAAGGAGGAAGAGUUAUAAUUGAAUGCAAACCUAAGGCUGCACCUAAGCCCAAAUUUUUAUGGAGUAAAGGCACAGAGCGGCUUGUCAAUAGCAGCAGAAUACUCAUCUGGGAAGAUGGCAGCUUGGAAAUCAAUAAUAUUACAAGGAAUGACGGGGGUACCUAUACAUGCUUUGUAGAAAAUAAUAAAGGGAAGGCUAAUAGCACUGGGACUCUUGUUAUCACAGAUCCCACACGAAUUAUAUUGGCCCCCAUUAAUGCUGAUAUCACUGUUGGAGAAAAUGCCACCAUGCAGUGUGCUGCUUCCUUUGACCCUGCCCUGGAUCUGACGUUUGUUUGGUCCUUCAAUGGCUAUGUGAUUGACUUCAACAAAGAGAACAUUCACUACCAGCGGAAUUUUAUGCUGGAUUCCAAUGGGGAGCUGCUCAUCCGAAAUGCCCAGCUGAAACAUGCCGGGAGGUACACAUGCACCGCUCAGACUAUUGUGGACAAUUCUUCUGCUUCAGCUGACCUUGUUGUGCGAGGUAAAAACAGAAAAGAUGGAGAGAAAAACAUGGUGGAUCCUUUUCUCCCCGUCUGUGCAAGUCUGCCUCCAACCUGGUGAUCGUUGACACUCACUAUUUGUGUGAAAGCCUUUUUUUUUUUUUUUUUUAACAUGUUAUACUAGAUUUUACUAAUCUUGUAGCUUCCAAGUUCCCUACCUGCCUACCCCCAAAAUUUAGUUCUUAAAGGUUUUUUCACCUUUUGAAACAUCUAAAUAUACUUUGAGCAGAAAGAUACUUAAAAAUACGUAGCUUCUCUAAUAUCUGAAAAAUGCCUAGUGAACUAACCCAGUACCUCAUAAAAAGUAAAUUUUUGUGUUUUCAUGUCCUGUUUUUCUUCGAAAUUAUAUAUCUCUCAGAAAUUAGCUCAUUAUCUGAAAAAAAAAUGAAGAAUUGGUGAAUUAUAAUACAGGAAUAUUGCCACUGAAUGGACUGUUUGAUUUACCCAAGCAGGUAAUGAACAAUGUUGUUGUCAAAUUCACUAAUGAGUCAUCUUAAUUAGGAUGUAAGCUAAGGGGCAUUACCUCAGUGGCCUUUUGUAUCCUCAUGCCAUAUGUAUCCUUUGGCAAGAAAAGAUACAAAACAGCAAUAAACAAAUGAAGGCUCCCCAUGGCUCUGUAGGGUUUUUGGAACAAUUCCUGGGAUUGGGAAGUGAAAGUGGACAGCAUGUGGAGAAAAUCGUCAUCUCAGUAGCAAGAUUUAAGUGAAGAUGACUAAGCCACUAACAGCACGCAGGCAUGUUUAAUUUUGUUAGCUCCUAGCAUCAGCCUUCUUGGAUCUUUUGUUUUGAGAGGAAGGUCAAGAUUUUUGGAAGGACUUGGGCUGAAGUGAGAGAUUAAAAGUGAGUGGAACUGCUUAAUUGUUUGAAUAUUUUCAUCCCCCCAGCACUUUGGUCAAAGAGACAUGCUUAAAAUUCUUUUUUCUUCACAGGAAAUAAUUUUGCUCUUCUCAAAACAGGUUUCGGUUGAGGUGUGAGAUAUUACAUUGACUUCUCAUUUAGUAACUUCAGCAUCCCCAUCUCCCCAUCUGUGUCUGGAAGAACUUUCAAGAAAAAUUUGAGAGAUACAUAUAUGACAUAUAUAUAUAUAUAUAAUAUAUUAGUCCUUUUAUUUAUUUAUUUAUUUAUUUAUUUGCUUUGGGGGCUGCAUGCACGGCAUAUGGAAGUUUCCAGGCUAGGGGUUGAAUCGGAGCUGCAGCUGCCAUCCUACACCACAGCCCAUAGCAAUAUGGGAUCCUUAACCCACUGAGUGAGGCUAGGGAUGAAACCUGCAUCCUCAUGGAUAUUAGUCGGGUUUGUUACCACAGAGGCACAAUGGGAACUCCAAUUAGUCAUUUUAAAGAAUACAUAUCUCUGGCUCAAAAUCUUACCUAUUUCCAUUGGUUUUCAUUUUUUCAUUUUUCAGUCUCAGUUAUUUUCGCAGAAGGAAGCAUCUUAGAAUUCAGACUGGAGAUCUAGGUCAAUUGUCAUUUUAAUAAGAUAUUUAAAAUUAAUUUGACAUCGCCAUGGAGAUGUGCAUGAAUCAGCUUUGUGAGCAUCUUCUUACAUAGUCCAUAAUUGAAAGUAUGCCACCAAGAUCAGAUAGGAAUAUAGUUUGGGAAAGAAAGAAUAAAAAUUAGAAAGGAAACCACAUGACAAGUAUGACAAGUGCUGAGAAAAAGAGAAUAUUCUGGUUUAGAUAAACUGCAUCAAUAUCAUCUAGAAUUAUAUAGAUUCAUUUGCCUCCCUUUAGUCUCUUUCUCAUUUCUAAUGGAGAUCUAAGUUUACUUUUAUCAAUGUAAGAGGUUAAAAUAUUAAUGUUAGAGGUUAAAAAAAAUCCAUACUGCCAUCCUAUAUAAUGGUAGAGAAGAAAUAUUUAAUAUUCAGCUUCAUCUUAGUACAGCUUUAUGUUUCAACAAGACCGCACACUGAUUCAUCUUUUAUUACUUUAUAAUAAAGCUGUUGUCUUAACUAAUUUUCAGAGCAAGAAUGGGCCUGUAGUAAUAAGGCAACUUUAAUUGGCAUUUUGGUAAAGAAGAAACCACUUGCCUUAAUAUAACUGAUGUUCUGUCGGCAUUGUUGUUUCCAUGUUAUUUUAUUUUAAAAGGAAAGAUAAUUUGAUCUGAAAGUUUUUUGGUUUUCUUAACACUCAAACUUAUCCUUAAAAUUUGUUAUUUUAGUAAAAAUAAAUAAUGGACCACAAGAUAUUUAUAUCGUGGUGCUUUGCUUUUAAUUACUGGGGAAUUACAAGCGGAAGUAGAAUUACACCGAGAUGUCUUUCCUGCUUAGCAUCAAGGCUUAUAUUAUUAAAUGUGUGCUCUGUGGAAUGGAGUCCGAGAAGGACCAGCAGUUUUGGGGGUCUAGUUCCAAAUACAGUUGUUUAGAGAGCCAGUUGCUCAAUAUUUGAGAGGAAGAGAGUGCAUUAGGGCUACUUCCUAAGUUCUCUGCAGGCUUUUUGCCGACAGGCAUGUUGGGGCUGCAAGAUUUGUCAUUUGCUGACUCAAAUGACACCGGGCUAUAGUCACAGCUAUGGUUCGUCCUGCUUAAUCUUGGAGGGUCUCAGUUUCAAAUCUUCUAUCUCAUUUGACUUAUGGGAAAAUUAGUCUAAGUUAUUAAGCAAUAUAGAUUAAUGUGUGAAUAAGUCACUUCAAAAAAAGAUCUUUUUUCUGCUAUUUUUCCUCAACUGUCUAAACUCUUCUUUUGAAUAUACCUACAUUCCUAAGGAGGAAUUGACAGAAUUGAUAAGUAAUCGUUUUUCUGAUGGUUUUUUCCUCUUUAUUUACAUAUGAAAAAGAACCGAGUAGAAAUAACAUCUGUAUUUUGUUCAGACAUCAUUUUUUAAAGUAAAAACUCUGGUAAAAUUCAGCACAGAUUAACAAAUAUCUUAAUGAUUAAAAAAAAAAAAACUGGGGAUGUAAUAGAAGUUUAUAAAUGAGUGAUGUGUUUAUCUUCACUUACCCAAGUUAAGAGAUCACACAAAGAUUUAAGAAGCUAUGAUCAAUGUAUCACCAUUUUUGUCUUUUUCCCCAAAAUAUACACUAGUGCCCACAUAAUUCAUAUCCCCCCAGAAAAGUCUCUAAAGGAAAGUAGUCAAUACUAUUUUUGAGUCUGAUUCUGAUAAUGCAGUUUUUAAAUAAUUGUUUUUACUAGAAUCAUUGAAAAGUUGGUCUCAUGGCAAAUCAGUUGGGUUCAAAUCUUAGUUUUGCCAAUUGCUAGCUGGAUGAUUGUAGUAAUUUCAUUUUAUCCAUCCAUGUCUCAGUUUUCUCAUCUGUAAAACAGUGAAAAUAAUAAUACCAAAUCAUAGGGUUAUUGAUAAGAAUUAUAAAAGAUAUAGCAAUUAAUAUAAUAAGGGCUCGGUAGAAUAUAUUAUUUUUAUUAAAAUAUACUAUCUACAUUUCCUUUUUUGGAUUCAAUGACAUUUUACAUCAUGUAAAGUUCAUGUUGUUCUGAGUUCAUACUUUUUCAAAAAUGCAUACAAAUCCAAGAGAACAGCAGCAUAAAUGUGUCCAGUGUUCAGAUAGUUCUCUGCAGGCUUUUUGCCGACAGGCAUGUUGGGGCUGCAAGAUUUGAAUUUCAGACGUGGGUUUUCUCAUUUUGCCUGGGUUAUGCCAGGAAACCCCGUCUCCUGUCUUGUCUCUGUACACCAUCACAUACUAGCUGUGUGACUCUGCCAAUAACCCUUCUAGACUUCAGCAUCCUUUUGUAAAAUGUGUAGAUGUUGGCUUAAGAGAUCUGUAAAAUAUGUAUGAUCUACUUUACACAUCAAAAUGUUUUCAUUAUUUGCCUAUGGGCAGUAAUUUAGUAGUAAAAGCAUUGAGAACCUAGAGAAAUUUAGGGAAAGAGACUAUGGAUAUUGCCAAUGAGAUCACACUGAACCUCAGAUGCUAGGGGACCAAGACCGCAGAUUGAUCUCCGCAGGUGAGAUUUUAUGGAGCUUUCUUAAUCAGUGAUCUCUGAGAGAGAUAUUUAAAGUCAGAGGGAAAUAUAAUAAUGGGUAGAAAGCAAGAAUAAGAAGAUAGAGGCUAAUGCAAAUAAAAAAAGAACAUAUGGAAUGGAUAGGUAACAAGGACCUACUGUGUAGCACAGGGUAAUCUAUUCAAUACUGUGAUGUAACCUAUAUUCAAAAAGAAUUUGAAAAGGAAUAGAUAUAUGUAUAUGUAUAACUGAUUUACUUUACUGUACACCUGAAACUAACACAACUUUCUAAGUCAACUAUAUGCCAAUAGAAUUUAAAAAAAAAGGAAAAAUAAUCAAUAGUGGCAGCCUCUACAGAAAGGCAGCAGUUGAGCACAAUGAUUUUGAAUAGGAAAAGAAAAUGCAAAGAACCAACACUGACGUCAAUACUGUUAAUUUAUAAAGGAGGAAUUUUUUCAGCUGGACAGGCCUAAUACAAUUAGUGAUGUCCACUCAGUGACAUCUGUCAGCAUUUGGAAGAAUCAGGAAACUAAAAUAGCAACACUGUUUUAUGGAUAUGAUAUAUAAGCUUAAAAAAAUGAAUUUCAGAACUCCAGGACUAUGGGGGGGUAUGUGGUGACAAGCAAUAGGGUAGAUGAAACCAUAUUCAUAAAAACUAAAAACAAAAAUUUUAAUUUGAAUAAUUUUUAUUCCCCCUUCAUAUCUCUUUUUCUCAUUUUCUUUUUUCAACUCCAUUAAGUAUUUACUCAUAGUGAGAAGAAAUGAUGAAAAGCUUUUGCCAGGGCCAAACAGAGAAAUAUUCCAAUUCUUUCUUUUUUUUCCCCCCACUGUGGAUCAUUAAUGAUAAAAACAAAAUAAAUUUAAAAAUGGAAUAGUAAAAUAAUUUGUCAUCUAAUAUACCCAGACAUUUAAAAUGCAGGUCAAAUUCCAAACGUCCUUUCCAUCUGAACAAUUUCUCUGUUUCAUGAUAAUUUAAAUGUGGUGUAAAGAGUGUUCUUAAUAAUCAUUAGCUAUCUGCCUGAGGACACCUAAGAAACUGGAAAGAUACAUCAGUAGAGUAAUAAUGAAAUAACCUUCCAUUAGAAGGCCUUUCUCUUACAUUUUCCCUGACUUCAAUUCUUUCCUUAAUGAUUUCUUGAAAAUAUUUGUACACUGAUGAGAGCUUUAAAAAGAAACAAACAGGAGUUCCCCAAUAGCCUCGCAGUUAAGGAUUCAGUGUUGUCACUGCUGUGGCUCAGAUUCGAUCUGUGGCCCAGGAACUUCUGCAUGCCAUGGGUGUGGCCAAAAUAAGCAAACCAAACCAAAACUCUUAGAGUCAGUAGUAUAUAUUACUUUUUUUCAUUGAGGGAAGAAUCAGAAAGAUAGCCAGUUCCUAAAGGCCUUCCUUUGUGCUGAGGAGCUAGUGACUGAGUUAUUUUAUUUUUUAUCACAACACUCUUCUUAGACAACAAGUAACAUCAGCUGCAUUGCUUUGAAAACCUUAUUCCUGGCAGUGCAGGGCUGGCCCCGUUUGACUCCUUGGCACCACUAUUUUUUGCUGCAUCUCACUUCCUUCGUACAUACUAGAGCGCCUUCACUGCCCCCAUCUUCCCUUACCUCCCUCAAACUUACCAAAAAUAGCUUGCUUUUGAAUCAAAACAAGUGGUUAGUGAAAAUAUGGGAAACAGAUCCCUGCUAAUUGUUAAUAAGUAUAAAAUUAAUACGUACUCCUAAUAGCUCAGAUGCCCAGCAAAAGUUUAUAGGAGUAACAAUAAUAAUAUUAAUAGCUAAAAUAUGCUGAGGGCUUUCUGUGGACCAGACCUAGCAUUACAUUCCUUAAAGAUUUGAUUUCAAUCCUAAUAACAGUCCCAACUGGUCAAUUUUUAUUACUCCUAUUUUGCAGAUGAAAAAUGAAGGCUUGGUAAAUUUGAGAAACUUGCUCAAGAUAAAUCAAGGCACAGAAUUUAAAAUCAAUCCUAUUUUAAUUACAAAAUCUCUGCUUUUUAACAGUAUAUUCUCUCUCAGGUAUUUUCUGGGACAUACUUGUCAUUAAUUAAUAGAUGGAAAAAUCUACUAUAUUGACACAUUGGGGUUUUGAGGGUAUCAACCAACUCCUUUCCAUUUGUUUUCUCAGUUUCACCUUCUUCUCAUGAUAUAGUAUUUCAAGGCAAGUGGAAGAAUGGAGUUGUAUUGUGUAUGACUGUUAUGUUUAGAGAACAGUCUGAAGGUCAAUGGGAUAAUUUUAUGUCUUCACCAAAUGUUUAUUAAGAACCCAUUAUAUCAGAGAAAAAUACAUAAAUGCAAUUACAGUCUUUUGCCCAGCAAUGCUGCUCCUCAGUGAAUGGGUGACAUUAUGCAUAUAAUGUCCCAACAAAGACACUAGUAAUAUGCAACUUAAAUCUGACCUUUUAGAAGGUCUUUUGUUUGCCAUUCCAACAAUUUCGGAGAAUAACAGCAGGGAAAUGAUUUACACUUUAAUGGUUAAAGACUAGCCUAUGGCAGUGAUAAAUUUUCUGAAUGUUAUACCUUUAUGCUCAGAAAAAGUAUCUGAAUGCUCUAUUAUAAGAUUUUUUCUUCCUUUUAAAACUUAUCUUUGUAAAAUUUCUCCUUUCUAAUUUUUAAUUUUAAUAUUUUGAAAUAUUCCACUCAGUAACUGCCUUGGGAUGAUACUUUAUGUGAAGUAAAGAACUCCAUGGUUCUGAUCAAGAAUGUGCACUGUAUUUCAAUGUGAUUUUUACAGAUGAAAAUGCAAUAUGUUCUUUCUGAAUAUCAAAUGUAUCAUGUAAUUUCUGUGGCUAUUUCCUUAAUUUUGGAUAGUGUAUUGUUACUUUUAAUUAACAACAGGAAGUAUAAGAAUGCCAUUACAGAUUUUACACUUACAAAAUUUAUUUACCUUUAUUAAUUUAUGUUAUGUUUCCAAAUAAAAUUUACUACCAUCAA